GGAGGAUUGAGGAGGCAGGGCAGCACUCAUGGGGGAGCGAGGGGACCGGCUGCUGAGGUGAUGAGCUCGCGCCUCCUCUCUCACGCGCUCCCUGUGACGUGUUUAACUCACCUGUCCUCGCUGCUCGUGGGCCGGUGCGCGUGACGGCCAUGGAGCUCCACGAGGCCCCCGGGGAGCGCGCGGUCCUACCUGCUCGUGACCGCGCGGAGACACUCACCUGGCGGCGCGUCCUCGUGGCGGCUCUCCACCUCAGAAGCGCGCUCCCGACGGAGCUCUGCGUCCUGUGGGCCACGCGGGUCCCCGCGGCCCCUCAUCAUCAGAAGAAGCCUUUGCUGCUGUCCUGGUUCCUGUUCCUGCUCGCUCUGGUGCUCCUGGUCUCGUAUUGCAUCCUGUCCAGCAGAUCUCUGUCCCAGUGGGAGACCACCCCCCUCCACGAGUCCUACCGCAGGGUCAAUCCACCUCCUCGGUAUCGUGUCCAUCCAAAUCACAGAGUCAAACAAACGGGAGUGUAUGAAACCACUAAGAGCCCCUCUGUACCGCCGACCGUACCGCCGACCGUACCCUCUGUACCGCCGACCGUACCCUCUGUACCGCCGACCGUACCCUCUGUACCCUCUGUACCGCCGACCGUACCCUCUGUACCGCCGACCGUACCCCUCUGUACCGCCGACCGUACCCUCUGUACCGCCGACCGUACCCCCUGUACCGCCCGCCGACCGUACCCUCUGUACCGCCGACCGUACCCCUUACCUCCUACAGGGACUCAGUUCCAUCAGGCCUACCCACGCAACUACCACUUCAUCAUGGACAACCAAGAGGUAUGCAAGACCAAGAGUCCUUUCCUGGUCCUGAUGGUUCCAGUAACACCAAAAAACGUGGCGGCUCGGGACGCCAUCAGGCAGACGUGGGGCAAUGAAAGCGUGGUUCAGGGCCAGAGGGUGCUGACUAUGUUCAUGCUGGGCCUCUCCAGAGGAGCUGAUGUCCAGGAGAAGCUAAGACAGGAGAACCUCCAGCACCACGACUUGAUCCAGAGCGACUUCAUGGACACGUACCUCAAUCUGACCAUCAAAACCUUAGUGAUCAUGGACUGGCUGGCCACUCGCUGCCCGUCCGCCACGUACGCCAUGAAGAUCGACUCGGACAUGUUCCUGAACAUCGACAAUUUAGUGGUCAUGCUGCAGAAGCCGGGCCUUCCCAAGGUGAACUACCUGACGGGGAUGCUGAUGUGGAACAGGCCGGUCAUCCGUUCAAAGGACUCCAAGUGGUUCGUCCCUCAGGAGAUGUACCCGGGUCCCCUGUACCCCACCUACGCUCUGGGCAUGGGCUAUGUCUUCUCCAAUGACCUCCCAGAGAAAGUUGUGGAGGCCUCCAAAUCAAUCAAAGCCUUUAACAUAGAGGACGCUUAUAUCGGGUUGUGCAUGAAGAAGCUGGGACUCACGCUGGCGUCUCCACCAAAUCCCUCCCAGUUCAAGUCCUACAACACAAGAUAUAAUCGCUGCGAGUACUCCAAGAUCAUCACCUACAUUCUGGGGACUUCACAAGAGUUGGUGAAAUACUGGAGGGACUUGAAGAAGCCUGGACCGCCUUGUUAGGACAAUGAUGGACUACAGAUGAACAGGGGUCACAGAGUUCUACUGCACUGGUUUAUGUUCUCAUCCUUAUUUUAUAAAUGAGGCAUGAGAGGUCAACUGCACUAUAGAAAAGAUUAACAGAAGACUUUUUUUUGUAUGUUUGUGUAUUUAAAACUCCUUCAUUGAAGUGCCCCAAAAAUAAAGAGAAUGUUUAUCUGUGGAAAUGUGAAGGA